AUGGCGCUGCUCAAUGAAAAAGGCUUUGAGCGCAAACUUCAACAGAUGUCUCUUGCCCAGGACAGCGUGCAAACAGUUUCUUUAUGGAUCAUACACCACAAGAAAUAUGCUGGAGAUAUUGUUAAAGUCUGGACUGAAAAUUUAAAGAAAUGUUCCCCUGAUCGCCGACUUGUGCUGUUUUACUUAGCUAAUGAUGUUCUACAGAACAGCAGGAAGAAAGGGAAGGAGUUUUCAACGGCGUUUAGCAAAGUUCUAAAAGAUGUCAUUCCUUUGCUAAGUGAGAGAAAGAUUUGUGAUUCUGUUCAAAGAGUGAUGAAGAUCUGGCACGAAAGGAAAGUGUUUGAUAAAGAGUUCCUUGAUAGUCUGCAACGGAAAUUCGAAGCAUCUCAGGGGAAACCCACUAARGUACAUGGURUACACAAAUUAAAAACARGCCAUACUACAGACAGUGAUGGUGAACAUGGAACUCCUAAACAGGAGAUCAAGCAUUCAACCUCAACACAAAAAACACAAGAGAAAAAAUUACCUCCAGCAGACUUCAAGCCAUCUCAAAUGAUUGAUUCUCUCAAAGCCAUGAGAGACUUGCAGGCAGAGGUUACAUUAAAAGAAUCUCAGUUAAAUUCACUGAGAAUCGAUGCAUCUGAUAUGGAAGCCAUCAAACAAUUAAAAGAUCGGGCAACUGGAGCAAAAUUUACGGCAGAAUAUGAAGCAGCUUCAGAAAAGCUUGAAAGCUUUUGUGGUACCUUAAAAAUGCAAAAAGAAGAAAUUCUCAAAAUGAUACAGUGUGUAGAGGAUGGGAAGUUGUUCUAUGAUUCAGCAUUUGGCGAAGUUAAAGUUAUUGUUCAUGCCUACAAGACAUUUGGUAACCGACUCAAUUCUUUGAAAAAGAAAGUAGAUAACAAAGUUGMAAAAAUCAUUAAUGCAGAAGCCGAGAAAAAGAAGAUGGGACCUAUACACACUCCCCAAGCAUCGUUUUUAACGUCUGGCUUGCCUGAAAUUGCAGUGGACACCGAGGAAAAAAGCAGUGAGGCAGUAGAUCCUACUGUGGACAACACUGAGGUUGCUGAUAUGGAUAUUGAGGAUGAUGGCGAUAGUGAAAACGAUGAAAGUAGCCAAAGCCCAACAGAUUCAACUGCAACUCCAUUGUCAGAUGUCAAGACCACAGAGACUUCAGCUUCCGCUACAAGUGUUGAAACAACACCAACUACGACUGCAACACAAGCUACCUCCACAAGCUCAUGUGCAUCAUCGAGCAUUACCACAACGUUUUCAGGAAAUACAUCUGUGGCUUCUAUGCCAGUUCAGAUGACUGCUGUGCACCCACAAAUGAUGAUGCAACAACCCAUGCAGUUCAUACACGGACAACCUGGUAUGUCGAUGAUUCCAGUUGGCAUGCCUGGUUCAGGACAGUUUAUUAGCAUACCAUCACAAUAUCCUCAACCUAUGGUACCAUAUGGCAUGGGUAUGCAUGCAAUUGGAUCAUUUCCAAGUCAACCUCAGUUGACUAGGCUGCCUCUUCCAGGUCAAGCACCAUUCCCAGGCGCUGUACCGAAUCUCCCUCAACAAAUACCUGGAAAUGCCGUCCCUGCCUCUCAAAUGGCAGUUGGUAAUAAUACACUGACUCCUGUGAUAAAUCCAUCUUCAUUGCCUACCCAUUCAGUUACCCCAAGCUCCAGCACAAGUGCAGUUCCAUUACCGCAGCCAGCGCCGACGACUAGUACUAACUCUGUAACCUCACCCACCCAGUCAGUUAGCAAACCCCUACCAUCCAGUAAUGCAGCAAACAUCGAAAGCACUCCCAGAAAGACCAUUGGAUCUCCAGGUUCUGAAAUGUCAGCUCCAUCACCAGUUGGUUCUCCUGAGUUAGAGCUGGGAGGAGAUGAAACUCCAGAAACUGCAUCUCCCCAAAGAGUAGAUGAAGUCAAAAUAAUAGGCUUUCCAGCAAUGUCAGGGCAACAAUCAGAUCAAGGCGAAUUACCUGGAACGUCAGAGGAAGCUAGUGCSCCAUCCACAGGUUCGGCCUCUCCUAACCGCGCUGGUGAACUCUCUAAACCGGUAAGCGCAGUAAACAUUCUUGCGCAGCUGAUUAGUCGCGGAAGACAGCUUAAAGAGCAAACGCCAGAAAUGGAAAGUACAUCUGGAGCCUCAACUCCUAAAGAAGAACCGCCUGCAACAACACAACCCCAGCAAGAAAAGCCAUUGUUUUCUCUUAUUGACUCCUUAUUUCCCAAGCUGACGGACUCUUUGAAAACAAUAAGAGAAAGAGAGAAGGAUAACGAAACUUCGACGUCAACAUCAGAAGAAGGUUCUCCCAAACAAAAAAUAGAAAUCAAUUCAAUGGGAGACAACGAUGAUUCUGAAAACGAAGGUGACCUCAUGAUGCGACCACAGCAACAUGCCCCAGAGGAACACAGAGGCCCAGUAGGAUUCCACCCAGCAGAUUUUGCACUUGGGAAUCCUAGAGUACCGUUUGCUGGACACCCACAUGAUGGACCACUUAGACAGCCAUGGAAUGAGGAACAUUUUCCAAGUCAUAGACCUCCUUUCAGAGAAUACCAAGAAAGACCUCAGAUUCCCCCACCAUCGCCUAUAAAAGGACCUGGUCUUAGUCCACGUUUUCCAGGGCCAAGGCCGUUUCCGGGAUCUCAAGGAACAUUUUUUAUACCACCGGAAACAGAAUCUGUAGGAGAACCAAGAGAUGAAUUUAGAGGAAUGCCCCAGAGAAGUCCUCGUCAAUUACAUUCACCAAGGGCACAAUUUAACAUGCCUAUAGAACAUGAACGUGAAUUGAAUGAUGGCCCUCUAAAUAAUCGACCUCAAAUACGACCAAUAUCUCCAAGAGGAGGUUUUMCCGGUGUCGAGCAGAACCACGGGCCUCACGAUAGACCACCCCAUUUUGAGGGCAUUCCAAGAGAAGAACAACGGCCGCAUUUUCAUUUUGAGAAUCCAGGAGCACCUCCUCGUCCGGUUGGUCCACCAGAUAUACACAGAAUGCCUCUCGGGGGCUCACCUCAACGCGCUCAUAUAGAUGGUCAACCGAAACCUAGAUGGCUUUCUCAAGAGGGACCACGUGGAAACCCACCACAACAUGAUGGUCCUCGUGUCUUCCACCGUUCAUUUAGUGAUGGGGAAAUGGGUGAAAUUCCUGGAGAGCCUCCGAUGAAGAGACCAAUGUUAGAGGAGGGACCACCUAGAUCUUUCUCGGAUCAAGGAAGACCCAUUCGACCAGGCUUUCAUCCUCCUUCGCCUGGAUUUGAACGAAACAGGGAAAUGUGGAAUGAAAGAGAACAAUGGGAACCACGUCAUGCGGUUCCCGAUAGGACUAGACCCGAAUUUCGCAACAGAGAACAUUUAUCACCUAGAUUUAUAGAGCAUGGGAAUCGAUCCUUUCCUCCACAUCAGGAAAGGCCCCCUUUUCGCCCUCGACGGAACUCUUUCAAAGGGUUUGAACAUAGAGAACACUUCCCCGAACAUCGGCCAAGGCCAAGGUUUCCAUUCCGUGGUGGACACCCAAGACCUUUCUAUUAACAGUCAUUUCCGGUACUGCUGUAGCUUUAUUAUAAUAUAGAUGUUCGGUAUUACCGAAGCCAUGAAUUGAAGAGAAUUCCUGAGGACACCAUUUCCCUCGGUAAAUAGAGGAAAAUAUUUUAAAAGAGUAUAAGGCAUACCUGUGUUUCAAUAGACUGCUUAUUCUAUGUAGACUCGGGUUAUCAGAAGGCCAAAUUCAUAUUUGCUAUGCAGUCUUUUUAUAAUAUAUUUUAUUACUGCUYUCAGGUUCUUUUUAGAAGCAAACGUAUCUGCCGUACUUUGUAAUAUUUCCUAUCCCCUCCCCCCUAUAGUCGUGAUUAAAUCAUUUAAUCCAUGA